AUGGGCUCCAUCGUCAUCCCCCACCUCAACUCCGGCUGGCACGUCGACCAGGCCAUCCUCUCCGAGGAGGAGCGCCUCGUCGUCAUCCGCUUCGGCCGCGACUACGACCCGGACUGCAUGCGCCAGGACGAGGUCCUCUACCGCAUCUCCGACCGCGUCAAGAACUUCGCCUCCAUCUACGUCUGCGACAUCGACCAGGUCCCCGACUUCAACCAAAUGUACGAGCUCUACGACCCCUGCACCAUCAUGUUCUUCUUCCGCAACAAGCACAUGAUGGUCGACUUCGGCACCGGCAACAACAACAAGCUCAACUGGGUCCUCGAGGAUAAGCAGGAGCUCAUCGACAUCAUCGAGACCGUCUACCGCGGCGCGAAGAAGGGCCGCGGUCUGGUCGUCAGUCCCAAGGACUACUCUACGAGGCACCGAUACUAG